CCUCCCUCACAACAAUGCUGGUCCACCAUUUCGACAUUGGCCACCAUGUCCACAACUAACUCUGCGUACGACUACAUCGUCAUCGGCGGCGGCUCUGGCGGGGUCUCUUCUGCGUCCCGUGCCGUCGAAUACGGCGCCAAGGUGCUCGUGAUCGAACGCGGCCGCGCCAACGGCGGCGCGGGCAUGGGCGGCACGUGCGUCAACGUCGGGUGCGUGCCCAAGAAGAUCAUGUACAACGCGGGGUUCCACGCCGAGAUCUUGCAUUCCGCCAAGGACUACUCGUUCAAAGAGGUCGUGAACGUCAAGUUUGGCAGUUUCGACUGGGCCGCCAUGAAGGCCAAGCGCGACGCGUACGUGAACUGGCUCACGGGUGCAUACGAGGAAGGACUGGGAGAGGAAAACAUCGACCACGUCAUCGGAGCGGCGACCUUCGUCGACGACCACACUGUCGAGGUCAACGGCCUGCGCUUCACGGCGCCGCAUAUCUUGAUCGCCGUGGGAGGCGUCCCGCAACUGCCGACGAUCCCCGGCAUCGAGCACGCGAUCUCGUCAGACGGAUUCUUCGACCUGCCGACGCAGCCGAAGAAGGUGGCCGUCGUGGGCGCGGGGUACAUCGCCGUGGAGCUGGCGGGUAUCUUCAACGCCCUCAAGAGCGACACCGUCGUGUUCUGCAGAGGCGACCAAGUGCUGCGCAAGUUCGACCCGCUUGUCCGAGACCUUGUCAACGACGAAAUGGCCAAAUCGGGUGUGACAUUCGUGACCCAGUCGCAUCUCCAGUCCAUUCGAAAAGAAGCCGACGGCACCCUCACAAUUGUGGCCACCGUGAACGACAUCCGUGCGGAAUUCCCUGGGUUUAACGCCAUUGUGUCUGCGAUCGGUCGUAUUCCGCGUACAUUUGACGUCGGAUUGGAUAAAACCACGGUGGAACUGUCCACAGAUGGAUUUGUGGUGGUCGAUGCCCAGGAGAACACGACUGUCCCUGGGGUUUAUGCCAUCGGCGACGCCACCAUCACUGGGUGGGAGCUCACGCCCGUGGCAAUUGCCGCUGGCCGACGAUUGGCUGAUCGAUUGUUUGGUCACGAGGCGAACGCGUGCAUUCACUACCAUCAGAUCCCAACCGUGAUCUUCAGCCAUCCGCCCAUCGGCACGAUUGGGCUCACCGAGCCAGAAGCCAUCGCCAAGUACGGCCAGGCAAAUGUGACAGCGUACACAUCGUCGUUUUCCAACUUGUUUUACUCGCUCGGAAAACCCGCAGACCACAAGCCGCAAACUGCGAUGAAGUUGGUGUGCAUUGGAGUCGAAGAGACCGUGGUAGGCGCCCAUGUCGCAGGGCUGGGUGCAGACGAAAUGAUCCAGGGGUUUGGGGUUGCGAUUAAGAUGGGCGCGUACAAAUCAGACUUUGACAACAUCGUAGCCAUCCAUCCGACGGCUUCCGAGGAAAUGGUGACCAUGGCGCCGUGGGGCAAGAUCAAGGACCAGAUCCAGCUCCCGUAUGGCACGGCCAGAGCGCCGCCGACGUUCAAGCAACCAGGACACUUGUAAUUGGCGGCAUAAGUUUCCAACAGUGUCGCAGAUACGAUUAAUAAUAUGUAACACGAAGGCGACUGUUGGCA